AUCGUUUCCACCGUUUUCUCAGCCAUUUCUCGCGAGCUUCUCCACCGGUUCUCUUCCAUCCAAUCCAAAUGGAGAGCGCGGUGGUCGCGGUCUCACGCGGAUUCGAAAUCCGUUGAUUGGAUCCCGCACGGUAGUGUUGGCUGAACUGCCAUUCCGUCCGGUUGUACUGUGCGUGGAUAUACGGUGGAUUCGAUUGUUACGUUCGCGUUACCCACCCAUGUUGUAGCCGUCCGUCGGUCGUCGGUCGUCCGAAGUGUGUGCGAGAGUUGAAAGGACUCUUUGCAUAGAAAUCCGGUUUUCUUGGUUGUGUUGCCGAGUGCGUUCGGAAUUUCGUCGAUGCUCGCGCCCGGUCACUCCCAUCCCAGUUUGCAGUGACAGUUUUUAAUCAUUUUGGAUGAAUACAGUUUUUACCCCUGGAUGACUAAUAACGUGGAUGGUGCCCGGUCCGCAGCGUGGUUAAUCACGUAAGCUCGCGGAAUUCUAUGGAGUUUUUCGCAGUGUAAUCGCGGUUCAGCCAGCGCUAAGAGUCAAUGCAGCACCCGCAAGCAGUGCUGAAGUUCGCCGUGGUCGUCAUGUGAUGUAUUAAUAGAAAUUCUCGGUUCUUUCCUCCGGCAUGUGUACUGUGUACGUAGCCGCCGCUGCCGUAUGUUAACUCGCUAAAAGACGCAGACGACGACGCGAUCGAAGACCACGAUUGUGAGUGAGUUUGUAGUUUUGAUGAAGCGUGAAGAAGCUCGGUAGCAGAGGAAGAAGCAGGAGAGGUUAUCGUUUCCGUGAACCAAGGUCGGCUUCGAUCCGAUCUCGGAUAGCGUACGAAACGAACGAACACAGUGAAAACCAUAACCCCAUCAUCAUGAAGACAACCUAAACAUCAAGUGUAUGCAGUGUGUACAACCUCCGAAGAAAUAAAAACGAUCAUUAAAGCUUGGGGUGCUCAGACCACCUUGCUGCUGCGAUCGAAGAAGACGUGAGAAAAUAAUUGCAUUAUUUUAAGAUCGCUACCGGACGUGCUGUGGUGCAGUCCACCACACUUUACCCUUCAACAUGUGACGUGGAGCGAUGCAACGCCGUAUGAGUAACCAUUCGAAAGAACUGCACUGGUUCCUAUCCAAGCCGUCUAAAGCAUGACGUCAACGACAACGACCACCAGCAACAGCAACGCGAGUGUUACAGUUUGCACCAACAACGAAGCAUCCUCGUCUUCAGCGAUCCCCAGCGAUGAAGAAAGUACCGUAGAAUACUCGAUCGAUUCCCUAGAUCAACGAAACCAUCGGAAAUCCUCCUCAACCGAAGAUGCCUACAAUACUCUUUUUAACGGAAGACCAAUCACCUCGUCAAGUGAGAUCCUCAACAGCACUCCGAUCGAUUCGCUGGAUCUAUUCGGCAGUGGCUCCGAGUACAUCGGAGGUCUACUGAACCCGGCCGCACUCGAGUCUCCAUCGACACCACCGCCGUCCAUUUCGAGUUGCCCGAGUGAUUCCAGCUACGGCUUCCAGAACACCUAUGCCGUGCUGGAACGACAACUCGCGAGCAAGGCGUCAGCCGCCCGACAACUCCGCGAGUUCCUCAAGUACAACGACCUCAACAAAACGCCAGUAUUUAGUAGCGAUGCGACGCCCCUGUCAUUGGCGGCCCAUGAUCAAAGUGCAAAUUAUCUAAGUAGUAUUAGCGAGGAGAGCGAAUCGUUGUCCUCGCGGCGUACCUCGUCCACUACUCAUCCGGAUGACGACCAGGAUGCCGGGCCGCCGAGUUUCCUGGAACUGGAACUGGAGGCUUCCAGUAGACUACGGAAGCUCAGGGAACGUCUGGGAGGUAGUUUGCUGUCGAUCGACGGUGCCACGGGAGAUGAGAAAUUGACUGUCGAGUCUCCAAUGGUGGAGGCGUUGUAUGGAAUCAGUGCGGAGAGUCUGGCAAAACUCGCAUCCGGCCGAGUACAUCCCAACCCGGAUGUAUUUCUAACUGGGGGCACUCUGCUCGAGGAAGAUGAUAAAACCAGUCCAUCCGGAGAGUAUCCGGAGUACAUAUACCACGUGGCGAAAGGGAACGACGGCCGGAUGUACUUAAAAGUGGUGCGGAGUCUUCUGCUGGAUAAAGUCCUAUGCGGUAACCGUGUGAGCCAAAUGACCCGCGCGUACGAUGACAUAGAUGCCGUAACGCGCCUGCUAGAGGAGAAGGAGAAGGACCUGGAGCUGACGGUGCAGAUCGGGAAGGAACUGCUCACGCAGAACACGCACCUCGAGAACCGGGUAGCCGAGCUGGAGCAGGAGCUGAAGAACACGAACGAAAACCUAGCGCAACUCGCCCACGAGCUGCACCAGAAGAACGAGCUGAUCGGGAUACUUACCAACGAUGCGGACGACAGCAGCGAAAAUGUCACACCCACCACGUCCAAAUCGGUGAACCUGGAGCUGCUGCAGCGGAAGGUAAAAUCGCUGGAAGACGAAAACAAGUCGCUCCGUUCGGAGGCGGCCCAGCUGGUGCAGGAAACGGACGAAUGCGAGGAGCAGGAACGGCGGCUGAUGGCCGACAUCGCGAACCAGCUCAGUACGGCCAACAGCGAGUUCGAUGGACUGAAUUUGGAGCUUGAAAGACUGAAGGAAGAGAACCGACUCCAGCAUGAGCAAAUCAUCAGCCUUACGGGUCGCCUGUCGGAGGCUGAAAUUCGGCUACAUCAGCUCACUACCGAGAACGAGGAAGCGUCCUCGCUGCUCAGUAUUACCAAAGAGAACCAGAACCUGCUGGCUGGCGAGCUGGCGGAGUUCAAGGCACGGUAUCAGGAGGUCCUAAAUCUGCUGCACGAUACGCAGGAACAGUUGCGACGCCAAAGAAAACGUUCCCAACCGAUGGCGAGGAGUUCGCUGAUACCGGGCAUGAGUGCACCGGCACCGGACUCGCUUCAGUCGGAAUUGAUGGAAACCUCGCUGUACUCGGAGCACAGUUUGGACUCCGGAAUCGCUUCCGAACGAGGUGGACCACCUCAUCUACCUUCGUACAAAAAGGUUUUCGAAACGGUGCGUUCCGCUACGCGAGCCAACACAACCGGAUUCAGCGAUGGCUUCUCGCAGUUGGGAUCUAUGACGAUGAGUUCCUCUUCGCAGCCACGGAUGGCACCUUACGUAUUCCCCGGAAGCGGAACCACAACUACACAUUCGUACAAGAGUGGUUCCUCCCUCUACAGCACAAUGUACGAAAGUUCACUGGGUGGUCGAUCUUUUUCGCGAGAAAGCUUGGUAUCGGAAUCGGAAGAUGGAUAUCCUGGACCGGCACAAGCUGGAAUUCCUGGCGCACCUGGUGCCAAAGAUUUGGAAGCAGCUCUGAAACGACUGACACCGGCCGAAGUGCUGGCACGCAGAGCAAUGCUACAACAUGCACCAGCAGGAACCUACAGCUACGACGACCAGCCUAGCGGAAUCCCAUUGGGAUGUCGCACACCGGACAGUAUCAUGUCCACCGGGUCAUCGGGUUUGUCCGGUAUGUCUUCGACCCAGUGGCGUCUUCCGGAGAAACUGCAAAUUGUUAAACCCAUCGAAGGAUCCCAAACGCUUCAUCACUGGUCUCGGCUAGCGACUCCGACUCUCAGUGGUCUACUGGAAGAGCGGCCCGGUGUUACAAUCCGCGGUGGACGCGGACUGGAAGAUCUUGGCCUGCAAACCUACUCCCUAUCGGAUGUAGAAGAGGACGCCGAAGAGCACCCCGGCAAGCGCUUCCAAUCGUUCGGUUGUACCUACACCUUUACCAACAGUACCGUGAUGCAUCCGGAUGACGGCACCACGGCGGUUACGUUUAGCCUUCCACCGUCGCAAAUGUCCUCGCAAAUGGCCUCGGAGUGUCCCUCGCGGCAACCAUCGGCCCCGUCCACACCGCGGACCGGUCUGUCGCGAAGGAAUUCCUGCUCGACGUUUUCGGUGAACUUGGGGCUGGCAUCGAUGCUGAACGAACGCGGCAUCAAGGCGGUGACACCCAGCGCGCUGAAUACUCCGGCAGGGCCGAACUACUCACCCACGGUUACGCCGUGCAACAGCCCUGAGGGUUCUCCAACGCGCUCAAUGUCCCCGGAACCGCCGCUAUUGUCCGGCCUGCUCGCCUCGGGAGCCGAUAUCCUGCGUAAGAAGUUUGCCGUUGCAUCGUCGUCCAGCGAGAUGGAACGUCCAUCUCGGUUGACGGCUCGCAACAAGCUAGCUCUGUCGCGACUGGAGAAGAAGGCUCUGCGAUCGAUCAAAAUCAUGGAAAAGGUCGAGAGCAUGGGAGUGGAUAAUUUCAUGCCCCACUCCGGGCACGGAAUCAGUCCGCUUGCUCUGCACGGUUCCUCGGCGCUGUACACGUCGACGGUUCGAGGUCGCACCUCGAGUCCGAUGGCACAGCUGACCAGCUUGAAGCACCUGCACGAUGGCCGCAUGAAGCAACCCCACCAGCAUCACCAUCACCAGCAUCCGCACGGAGCAGAGGGCGGUCUGUUGAUCGAUAAAGAAACGAUCAAAGCUGUCCUUAGCAAGGGUCUGUCGCACGAUAGUCCGAGAAGUGGAUCUUCCGGAUCGAGCGACGCCUCGGGAUCAUCUUCGUCGGUGGCAUCGGGAGCCUACGCGGAUAGCGAUAGCGGAACUUCGUCGAUAAGCGGUGCCGCCGUGAAACCAGCUGUGGUCAAAAAGGCCGCCACAACGGCGGAAGGUACGCCUUCUCCGGCGACGGCAGCUCGCCUGAAGCAGAUGCAGCGACAAAAGAGUCGAAGGAACCUGCUGAACGGUGCCAACGGGUCCCAGCGGCCCGACCUCGGAACGGUCAGUGGGUCGGGCAGCAGACCCGCCGGAGUGCGACCCGAUCUCGGUACGGUAGGUGGUAGCAAUAAGUCGAAGAGCAAUAGCAAGAACAACGAGACGGCCGCUGCCGCUCCAGUACCGCCGGUUCCGGAGCAGAGCCGUUCGCUAGGUCAGAGUGUGUACGGUACGAUCAGUUCGCUACUGUUUGGACGCAAGGGAGGACUCCUGUAAGAAGAGAGCACUGGAACCGCAUUACACCCGAGACUAAGUAACUACUAAGCCCUAAAUGCACUGAAAUGGCAAUAUAAAGCUGAUAAAGUGUUACUAAGACGUUGCGUAGCAUUAUACGUGCGUUUUAGAGAAAAAUAGUGCUUAUUAGUUACUUAGCUUGUAUUUAUCACCAAUGUGAUUGUGGUAAAACAUUAUUUUAAAUUUUCAUAGUUUUACGGCGAUUGGAGAAUGUUUUCAUCUAUACUUUUUAUGUGUACGUGAAAGUUACGACACAUUUACUGCCGUGAAUCGCAUAUCUGUCCCAUUUGCAUAGGAAAUCCAGCAAAGAUGGGACUGAUAUGCGAUUCACGGCAGUUUACCUGACUGUAAGUGAACCUAUCAAUUAUUCUAAUUUUCUAUCAAAUAUAUAGAGAUUGUAACUACUCAAAUCGCUCUCGAUUCGGAAUAUAUGUUCUGCCCAAAUCAACCGGAAUCAGUAUCAUCGAAAAGUACUUACCAAACAAAUAGUAGAAAGCAAAUAGAAUACAAAUUUUCAACGUAAAAGGUUGUAGAUUUUAAUAGGAACAAAUUUAGGAUUUAGUUUGAUUAUUUUGCAUACCCACUCAAACGAUUCGCACAUACACAGCAUACACACACAGAAGUUGCAGACACAUUCCACCGGCACUCGAUGGUCGAUAGAUUUGUAGAUUAGAUAAGGAUAGAUUAGAUUUGAUCUCCUCUUUUUCUCCGACCCCAUUUUUGCAAAAUUUUCCAACCGAUUUCUUUCCAUUUUUUCCAGCCUCUCUUUUUUCCUAAUGCUUCGUUUUUUUUAAUCUUUAGUUGCAUUUCUGAUCUAUUGAUUCGCAAUAAGUAAACUGCCAAUUAACUUUAAAAAAAAACUUUAUUUUUUAAACUAAACAGACAUUUCCGAAGUAGAGCGAUUUGAUAGUUCCAUAUUUUGCAUAUUUGUUUUGCUGUAUGCGGUAAAAAAGGAUAACACAUUGAAUGAUAUCAUCACAGUUAAUAUACUUCGAUAAUCGUUCAAUCAAAUCACAAAAAUCACUAUAAAGCAGCAUAUUAUUCGUUACUGUUUCCAAAACCACUGAAAUAUUCUUUAUAAUUUCACAACCUUGUCUAGCAGCUGGUUACUUUCUAUGCUAGUUUUAAUCUGUAUCUGACGACCCUUUCUAGUUUACAUACUUCACUUUUCGAAUUGAAUGAAAAACUGCACCAAUUCCUUUGGUAUCAGUCAUUUUUUAACAAUCUGAACUUAUCCUAAGAAUUUAGUUCAGUGUAUGAGUAAUUCAACAUGUAAAUUAUAUUCAGUUCAACCGGCUUCAAGUCAGCCAACUUGAAAUUGCUGGCACGAUGAGAAAUUUUAUUUUGUGUUGCAUUUCCUCUUAUACUGCUUCUAAAUCUUUUACUGACGUUUGCAGCUUUCAAUAAUAUUCCAUCAAAUCUAACCUCUCUAAACUCUAAUUUUAUCACCACAGUAAAAAAAAUCAAAAAAUCAUCUUAUCACGAUCGCAUCGCUUUUCAAUGGAUCAUCGUUAAAAAGCAUGGCAAAGCCGAAGUAUAAGGUGGAUGGAUGAAUUGUCGCCAGUUCCGGGCCUUUCCGUGAAAGACCCGUGCUAACGGUUAGUGCGGCAGUUCAUAGAAAAAAAAAUCCCCUACCAAAAUUUCAAAACAAAACAAAAGCUACACUAGAAAAAAACACAUGCACUGAUAAAUAUAGUUUCCUCCUGAUUUAAUCGUGCAUCUUUGUCGCCUCGCAUUAUCAUAUCGCUUUUUUGGGUGACACUUUUUCGUUCCUUAAUUAUUAUUUAUCUUAGUUUUCUUUCUCAAGAAAAUAGUUUUAAGAUACUUUCUAUAAAUUUAAUAUACUUUUAAACCUUUCGUGUUAAACAGUGGCAAUUGCUAAUUCAUCAUCCAUCACUCAUAACUCAACCAUUCAAUCGGUGAUCAUGGAAUAUCCUGUCUGUAGACUGCUUGGAACAAAGACUGUAAAUUCUGACGAUCGUUUGCCGCAUUCGUCAACUAUAAUUUCUUUCUAAUUGUUCUAAAACAGAGAUUAAAAAAAUCUCGGUGACUCAGUUGGUUUCUAUGAUUUGUAAUAAUCUUCAAUUGUUAAGUGAAUUUAACCCAAAUCGCCAAAAACAAAAUAAAAAAGGUGCUCUUCUAAAUCCUAAACUAACAAUUUAAAAUGAAGUGUUAACUUGUGGUAGCAUACUGUCCUCCCCGCAUUGAAAACGGAAGAACGAAAUCGGAACGUACAAGCGAAGUGAGUGUCUUGAAACCGUAACGGUUGUUUGCCAACGGAACUAAACGUGUGCAUAUUGAAACGUAAAAAAUAAUGUUAAAUUGUACAUACAGAAGAUAUUAUAAACUGAAAGAAUGGAAACAUUGAAAAAUAAUAUAAAACUUCGAAAAAAAAAAUCGCUGAUGUAGAUAAUUAUUUAAUUAGUUAAAUAUAAACAUGAGAUACCUAAUAACAGAAAACACACAAUGAGACAAAAAUAAAACAAAAGUAGCGUAACGCCUGCGCAGUAAGUAUUUAUUUUUAUAUACGAAGUAAUUGGAACGCCUACAUAUUUAACACCCGUGCCGAAGGCUAAAUCUAACAAAUUAGCGGAAAUGUAGUUUCCCUACCUAAGUGCGCAAAAACCGCAAGCUGUUACGAAUUUUGAAGAGUAAAAUAAACUGUGAACUCUGCGCUAAUUUAUCCAAGAAAAAGAUAGUUUUUUCAAUACAUACACUCUAUUACCCCCCCACACACACAAACCACAAACACAUACACCAAAAGAGGCAGUUACUAGAUUACUCACUUACAAACGAGAAGUAGUAAGAAUGUAGUAUUUGUUUGUUUUGAGUUUCGUAUAAUUUCCGAUACUUCCUAAAAUCAAUGAAAACAAAAACAAUAGAAAUUUAUCUACAUAAUUCUUUACUUAACAAUAAAAUGGCGAAAACGCUACACCAAUUCGGUGGAACGAGCGAAGCUGGUUCCGCGGCAACAGGAAAAAAAGGACACACGUUACGUUACGUUACGGUUCUCGUACUCUGUAGCAGGUAAUGAUUGAGGUUAGGUUCCCCGCCAUGCACAAAUUGGUAGUAGUAACUGCACAGUUACGGAAAUCGACGAAUAACAACAUUACUAUUAUUAGUAGGGGAAACACACUGCAUUCUGUGAACAGAGAGAAUAAACUGAUGGGGAAAAUCGUAUCGGUGUGGUUAUAGGUCGAUUAGGCUAGACAUAUAGCAUGCAGGAACAGGAAAACCGUUUAAGCAAACAAGCAGAGAUGUUGGUUGAUAACUGUAUUAUUAGGAUGUUAAACGAUGAUUGGCGGGAAAGUUUUUUUCCGCUGGGAAAAAAUAUAAAGAGAAACAAUAAAAUUUAUUAUUGAAAUUGA